UCAUAAAAUUUAUAAAUUAAUCCUUGUUUACCAUUCUUUUUAAAAUAUGUUACUGAAAAGAAAUAUUUAAAACUAAUAAUGUAGCAAAAAAAAAAAUUUUUAAAUGAUAUUAAAAUUAAAUUUUGGCAUAAAAAAAGUAUCCAAAGAUUACGUACAUAUUUUUGUAAAAACAGAAACUAAAAUAUAAUAUGGAGGGUGUAGAAUUAAGUUUCGAAGCUUUAAUUGGUUCAUUUUUGGCCCUUUUAUUAUUAUUUUUUUUCUGUAGAAGUUUAUUAAUUGAAAAUGUUGUUUAUAUACCAGGAAAAAAACGUCAUGGUUGGAAACCAGUUCGAAUACUUGAAAGAGCUUGUUAUUGUUCCGUUUGUGAAAUGCUAUUACCACCAUCUACAGGGUUAUUUUGUGAUUCAUGUGGUGUAUGUUCCCAUCCAAGUUGUACAAAAAAAGCUGACAGUAAUUUUAAAUGUAAAGAAAAAUAUUUGAAGAAUGAAAAAUCAAUAAUACACUUAUGGGUAAAAGGAAAUCUUCCAUUACAUUCUGAAUGCUUUGAAUGUCAUGAAGAUAUUGAGUCUUCAAUUAUAAAUGGUCUUGUGGGUUAUCGAUGUUGCUGGUGCCAAAGAACAUUCCAUAAUAACUGUUAUAAAAAAUUUGAUAUAAAUUCUGAAUGUGAUUUUGGUGAAUUUAAAGAUAUGAUAUAUCCACCAAAUUGUAUAUUGGCUGCACGAACGAGGGGUGCUAUAAAAUUACAUUUAACUGGCAUUAAGCCACCCAACAUAGAAAAUUGGAAACCUUUAAUUGUUAUAGCAAAUACAAAAUCUGGAAGUAAUACAGCAUCGGAUGUUGUCGCUCUUCUUAGAGGAAUUUUACAUCCGUUACAAGUAAUGGAAUUAGGUAGACGCGGACCAGCUGAUGCAUUGCAAUGGGCUGCUGUAACAGGGCCAAGAGCUUGUAGAAUAUUAAUAGCUGGAGGCGAUGGCACUAUUGGAUGGGUUCUAAAUACAAUUUUUUCCUUGGAAAUAAAACCAAUUCCUGAAGUGGCAAUAAUACCUCUUGGUACUGGAAACGACUUGUCAAGGGUGUUGGGAUGGGGCUCGGAACCGCCAACUGAAUUAAAUCCAACACAAAUUUUAAGAAAUAUUCGAUGUGCAAAAUCAGUUAGUUUAGAUCGUUUUAUCAUGGAAGUCGAAGUAUUGAAAUACAGACUACCAAUUCAUAAACCUCCAAUCAAAACUAUUUACAUGUAUAGCUACUUCAGUAUCGGUGUUGAUGCUCUUGUUACUUACAAUUUUCAUAAAACACGAGAGUCAAAAUUCUAUUUAUUAAGUAGCCGAAUAUUUAACAAGUUAAUAUAUUUUGGUUUUGGUACCCAGCAAAUAGUUCAAAGGGACUGUGAAAAUAUAGAAAAACGUUUUGAACUGUAUUUAGACAAUAAAUUAGUUGAAUUACCUGAAUUACAAUCAAUAGUGUUUUUAAAUAUUGACUCUUGGGGUGCUGGUGUAAAACUAUGCGAAUUAAGUCGAACUGACUGUUCCUUAACUGAUUUGAAGAACAGUAUAUCUGAUGGAUUGAUCGAAGUUUUUGGGAUUGUAUCUUCAUUCCAUAUUGCUCAACUUCAAGUUGGCAUAAGUAAACCAAUUCGAAUAGGUCAAGCCAAACAUAUCCGGAUUUUAAUGAAACAAACUUGUCCAAUGCAAGCUGAUGGGGAGCCGUGGAUGCAACUACCGUGUGAUAUUAGAAUUCAAGCAAGAGGUCAAGCCAGAAUGUUAAAAUUUAGAAAUAUGUAAAAACUUAAACUGAUUUUAAAAUUUGAUAAGGAAGGAUUUUUGCUGGGAAAUUUUAAAAUUUUAUUUAUAUUUUUUUAAAGCAUUUACGAAAAAAUAUUCCAAGUUCGGAAUGAUAUAAUUCCUACGCGUAUUUUUUGUAAAUUUUACUUUGUAUAUGUAUGAAGAAAUUUUUUUUCAUAUUUUUAAAUACACUUAAUUUUAUUUGAUACUCAAAGAUGGCUAUAUAAGAAAGGUUUCAACUAAUAAAUCUUUUGUAUGCUUUUGAUUAUUUAUAGCUGCAAAAAUUAUUAGGAAAAUAUGCAACAAAUAUUAAAGUUUGUUCUUAGUAACUCAAAAACUAGUCGAUGUAAUUCAUGUACCUUCUAAUAUACGUUUUAUAAUUCAAUUUAAUACUCAAUGUGAUAUGUUAUUUGUAUAAAAAAUUUUGAAAUUUUUAAUGUGUAUUUAAAAUAAAAGCUGGAAUUGAUAUUGUAAAGUUUCUAAAUUUUUUUUCGUAUAUACAGAAACUUGUUAAUUUGCGAUAAAUGAUCUUUGUCGGGGAACAAAAUUUUUCAUUUAGGUUUACGAGUAUUUAUGUAUUCUGUUUAGCCCUUUUAGUUCUAAUAAAAUCGGAACUCCAUAACAUAAAAAUUAACUUAUUAAAAAUCACUAUGUACAAUUAAUUCUAACACAUUCUACUUUGUAUUUGUUAAUUUAUGUAGCUAUAGAAAUUAAAAUUAUGUAGAUAGAAAG